UCUCCGCUGGCGUUGGGGGCGGGGUACGGAGGGAACUAGAACGAGGCUGGGGGAGGCCCGAACCGCGGAAGCGGAGAGGCCGAGACUCCGGCCCGAUGCCUGACCACGGAGACGUGAGCCUCCCCCCGGAGGAGAGGGUGCGAGCCCUCAUCCAGGUGGGCAGCGCCGUGGAGGUCAGCGAAGACGUCCCCCCGCGCCGCUACUUCCGCUCCGGCGUGGAGAUCAUCCGCAUGGCGUCCGUCUACUCGGAGGAGGGCAACAUCGAGCACGCCUUCAUCCUCUACAACAAGUACAUCACGCUCUUCCUUGAGAAGCUCCCCAAACACCGAGACUACAAGACGGCCGUCAUCCCCGAGAAGAAGGACACCGUGAAGAAACUCAAAGAGGUCGCGUUCCCCAAAGCGGAAGAGCUGAAGAAGGAGCUGCUGAAGAGAUACACCAAAGAGUACGUGGACUACAAUGGGAGGAAGAAGAAGGAAACAGAGGAGUUUGCUCGGAACUUGGCCAUCCAGCAGCAGCUGGAGGAGGAGCGCCAGAGGGUGGCCCAGCAGAAGCAGCAGCAGGCGGAGCAGGAACAGUUUCACGCCUUCGAGGAGAUGAUCCGGCGGCAGGAGCUGGAGAAGGAGCGGCUGCGCAUCGUGCAGGAGUUCGGGAGGCCCGACGUGGAUCUCGCCAUUCCAGGCGGCCCCCUGGUGCCCGGCGUGGAGAAGCCCCCGACGGACGUGCAUCCCUCGGCGCCCGGCCUCUCCAGCCCGGGGCCCGCACCAGCCCGGCCCCCACUGGUGGACAGAUCCUUGAAGCCCGGAUCUCUGAGCAGCCCAGAACCGACGCCCCCGCUGGACGGCCUCCGCCACGUGCUGGUGCCCCACAUGCUCUGCCCGCAGUUUCUCCAGCUGGCCGACGGCAACACGGUCCGUGGUGUGGAGACAUGCGGGAUCCUGUGCGGGAAGCUGAUGAAGAACGAAUUCACCGUCACCCACGUCCUGGUCCCCAAGCAGAGCUCGGGCCCCGACUACUGCAACACGGAGAACGAGGAGGAGCUGUUCCACAUUCAGGAUCAGCAGGGCCUCAUCACCCUGGGCUGGAUCCACACUCAUCCCACGCAGACGGCCUUCCUCUCCAGCGUGGACCUGCACACGCACUGCUCCUACCAGAUGAUGCUGCCGGAGUCCAUCGCCAUCGUCUGCUCGCCCAAGUUUCAGGAAACGGGAUUCUUUAGGCUGACGGACCACGGCCUGGAGGAGAUUUCUUCUUGUCGCCAGAAAGGGUUUCAUCCUCACUGCAAGGACCCCCCUCUGUUCUGUACCUGCAGUCACGUGACCGUGGUGGACCGAGCCGUCACCAUCACUGACCUUCGAUGAAAUGUUGGCCUUAACACUGUCCAGUUACUGUAAAAGCUCUCCGUGUACUGCAGCCCCUUCUCUGUUCCCCGGAGCCCGCCGGGGUCUGCUCUGACUGAAAAGGGGUCUGCCGUUCCCGGGGGGAGCCGGCCCUCUGCGCUGCUCUCGGGGUGCCAGAAAUACGUGAGCGAGGCUCGAGUGGCCUCCAUUCUGCCUCUCCCUCAGAGCACUAAUAGGCCUUCUCAGUUCAGCUCUAACUCGGCGCUCCCCCUUCUCGCUUUCUUUGCUCGUUUCUCCACUGGGACAGACGAAGGGCACCUGUGCGGACAGAACUGUGUUAACCCACCUGCGGCCUCUUUUAUCCCCUUCUGGCACUGAGGAAGGGGCUCAGCAUGAGGACACUUUAAAAAUAGGAAGCUUGUCCCGCGGCAGGGAGGCCCGGCCUUUCACGAGGACGCUGCCCCGCCGACAUGGACCCCGACCGGGGACAGGACGGGACGGAUCAGGGGGAACUGCCUGUCCUGCAAAAUGCGUUUGUGCGGCUGGCCAGAGAUAUUUUUGUUGUUGUUUAACUAAUGGUUCCAGAGGUUUUUUUUUCCCUAAAAUAAAGUGAUUAAAUAAACUGA